AUGAAUCGUAAUGGGUCUGAGCAUCAUUAUCACUAUGCGCAACUAUCAGGAGGCCCCGGCAAUCUGAGCACCUUUUAUGGGAAUCAGUUCCAAGACGAUCCAUCUCCUUAUGCCACCACAACAUUGGUCAUGUCAAAUCAACAACCUGCUUGGUUGAAUGAUCGUAUGUUGAGAGGGCCUGCCCUACCGAGUAAUCCCAUUCCCAACGGUCCCCCUGCCAGGUAUGCCGACCACUCUGGACGUAGAUCACGAGGUAGUAGAGCUUCAGAACAUCGACAAGCUAGUCAUCACUCCGACAGUCCACCACAUACCGAUGUUAGUUAUGUCCAGGUGUGUGCUUAUCUGCGUGUUUACCACCCGAGCUGUGUUUCGUGUUGA